AUGUCGCCGAAUUGCGUUUACCCUAUUACUAGUCCUUUGGGAAAAAUUGUUUAUCCUCCGAAAGGCAAGGAUAAUGAAAACAACGCACCGCGACAAAAAAGAUUUUUGAGUAGAGUAAAAGACCUGGAAGUGGGUCAUAAUGCGGAAGCACGAGAAGAAAUUGAGGAACUAUUCCCCGAAAUUGAACCCUUUGCCACUCCUAAACCUGAAAGAUUACUAAAAAGAAUUAUCCAAAUCGCUACGAAUGAAGGCGAUAUUGUCUUGGAUUAUUUUGCUGGUUCCGGCACUACGGCUGCUGUGGCUCAAAAAUUAAAGAGAAAGUGA